AUGUGCGGGAAACAAAAAAACCACCAGCGAAAUUCUUGUAAUAAAAAUCAAUCGGAGCGGAGAGAGAAGGCGCCGCGCAGGGCGCCCGCCGGCCGGUCGGCGCCACCCUGCCCCCACGCUGCUGUGCCUAUACUUAUACUGCAUCUAUCCCCCAUAAUGUGGGUCGCCAAUGAUGUCUCUAAAACUCGCUUCGGAUUCCAACGUGUCGCUCUCGCAGGAGGCGGGAGGGAGCCGCACGCCCGCGGCCGGCGGUUCCGGCAAAAAGGCGUUUGUUUUUAUUUCUUCGGCGCGGAAAAAAAUCAGCACGCGCCCGCCCUGCACCUCCUAAACAUGCGCCACGCAGCGACGCAGACUCGGGCGGGUGUGUGCCGAAUUCACUUUCAUUUGCGACAUCUCAUCGUACCCGAAGGUCACCGUGCAGCGGUGCAUGGCGCGGCUGCUUGCGGCGCCCUCCGCUGA